AUGGCUUUCGGGUUUGCAGAGAUGGAGAUGGGUGUGAUGGGUUCGGUGGUGAGCAAAGAUCUGCGAUGGCAAAGGGAUGGGUUCUUCGAUGGUUCUGCGAUGGAGGUUGUUGUAAAUGUGAUGGGGUGUGCGAUGGGGUGUGUCUGCAAGAGGAGAGAAUUUUCGAUGGGGUGGGGCUGGAUAUCAGAUGGGGUGGGGUUUGAUUUCAAAUGGGGUGUGGCUGAAAGGGAAUGGGGUUUUCGGUGGGUGGUUAGGGAAUGGGGUUCAUGA